CUGUUUUAUUGUUAUGUUCUAGUCACAAUUAUUAACAUUAUUUUGACUUAUUGCAUUAGAAGUUUGGUCCUGUGACUCUUACUAUUAUAAUGACUUCAUAUAAGGACAAAGGAGAAAAGCCAGAAGUUGGUAAGUUUAUUUCAUUUGACCAUAUUCGAUUUUGGGUUGGAAAUGCUAAACAGGCUGCCUCUUACUACUGCACAAGAUUUGGUUUUGAACCUUUUUGCUAUAGGGGACUAGAAACAGGGUCUCGUGACAUUGCUUCUCAUGUUAUAAAACAAAACAAAAUUUUGUUUGUCUUUGAAUCUCCUUAUAACCCAUCAGGACCUAUCACAGAAGAGUAUGGUAAUCAUCAAACUAAACAUGGAGAUGGUGUCAAAGAUAUUGCUUUCGAAGUAGAAGAUUGUGUAAAACUUUAUCAUAAAACUAUAGAAAGAGGUGGUAUAUCAGUAAAAGAACCUUGGGAAGAAACUGACGAAAAUGGCACUGUAGUAUUUGCUUGUGUAAAAACGUAUGGAGACACUGUUCACACUUUUAUUGAAAGAAAAAAUUAUAAGGGACCAUUUUUGCCAGGCUUUCAACUUUCAGAUGUUAAGGAUGUUUUACUUGAAAAAUUACCAAAGGUUGGACUCAAUUUUAUUGAUCAUAUUGUAGGAAAUCAACCAGAUUUAGAAAUGUCAUCUGUUGUAGAAAGCUAUGAGAAAAGUUUGCAGUUUCAUCGUUUUUGGUCUGUUGAUGAUGAAGCCAUUCACACUGAAUACAGUUCUUUGCGCUCUAUUGUGGUAACAAAUUAUGAGGAAACCAUUAAGAUGCCCAUUAAUGAACCUGCAAAAGGAAAGAAAAAAAGUCAAAUCCAAGAGUAUGUUGACUAUUAUGGUAGCGGAGGAGUGCAACACAUUGCUCUUAACACUGACAAUAUUAUUGAAGCAAUAACUGCAUUGAAAGAGCGAGGUUUACAGUUUCUCUCUAUUCCGGAUACGUAUUACGAUCUGUUACGUGAACGUUUAAAGUCUUCCAAAGUUAAAGUUUUAGAAUCAAUCGAUAAGCUGCAGGAAUUAAAGAUCUUAGUUGACUAUGAUGACGAUGGUUAUCUGCUUCAAAUUUUCAGUAAACCUUGUCAAGAUCGUCCAACACUUUUUUUGGAGACUAUUCAAAGAAAUAAUCACUCAGGUUUUGGCGUCGGCAAUUUUAAAGCAUUGUUUGAAUCAAUCGAACAAGACCAAUCUAUCCGAGGCAAUCUUACAAGCUAAGCAUUGUUUGAAUCUAUCGAACAGCAUCUAUUAGAAGCUAUUUUACCUGCUAAAUCAUUAUCUGAGUGAAUCGAACAAAGCCGAUCUUGCAGUUUUCUUUGUAUUAUUAUCUUCGCAUAUUUCUAUUUUUGUAAUAAAUUUUUUACUACUUUUUUAUAGAAAAUCAAAAAUCAAAAAAAGUCUAAUUAAA